GCAGAAGACUUAUAAGAGUAACCCUUUUGAACAAUUAGUUUAGGUGAAGAGAAGAUUUGAGGAGUCCUUGCCAAAUCUGUUGAGAUAAAUAAUGGAAGAAGAUCAUGAAAACCGAGAAAGUAGUAAAACUAACAAGGGUUUGUUACAGACCGAUGAGUUAUAUCAGUAUAUAUUGGAGACUAGUGUUUACCCAAGAGAAGCAGAGCCUCUCAAGGAGAUAAGGGACGCUACAGCCAAUCAUCCAAGGAGAUUGAUGGCUACUGCACCUGAUGCAGGGCUUCUGCUUUCCUUACUAUUGAAGCUUGUUGAUGCAAAAAAUACUAUUGAGAUUGGAGUUUUCACAGGAUACUCUCUCCUUCUCACAGCUCUUUCCAUUCCUGCUGAUGGCAAAAUUAUAGCCAUAGAUAUAAAUCGAGAAGCAUACGAGAUAGGAUUGCCCAUAAUUCAAAGAGCUGGAGUCGAACACAAGAUCAACUUCAUCGAAGCUUCUGCUCUCCUAGUUCUUAAUAAACUAUUGGAAGAAUCUGAUAAAGAAGACUCUUUCGACUAUGUCUAUGUUGACGCAGACAAGGAUAACUAUGGGAACUAUCAUGAGAGGUUAAUGAAAUUGGUGAGGGUUGGAGGUAUCAUUAUCUAUGACAAUACAUUAUGGGGAGGGACAGUUGCCUUGCCUAAGUCUAUCGUCCCUGAGCACAGAACGUACCACAGGGAACACAUAAUUGAGUUUAACAAGUUACUGUCAAAUGACCCUCGCAUUCAAAUAUCUCAAAUUCCACUUGGUGAUGGAGUCACAAUAUGCAGACGUAUCUAUUGAUAUUCAUGCUUUGAUUCUAUGAAUGGUGAUAGAAGUUUGGUUUACUAUUAAACUUCUUGCUUCACACAUUUUCUCACUUUAAAUUCCAUGGUGUUUAAUCAUAAGAGAAAGUGAAUGGCACAGAAGAUCUCCAAAUUUCUCCUAAGUACAGCAUUUGCAGGGAAAAGAUUGAUUCUGAAGCUACCAAUGUUGUAACCAUGAGAUAGUCAUUAUAAGGAUCACUCU